GGCGAAUAUAAACGUGGUGCAAUCCUAGUUCUGAUUGGUUCACUCAAGGCCGUCCUGGCGGUACUUUUACCCUACGCUCUUAGCAUACAAUUGUAUGUUCUCAGAGUUCAGAGCCAGUACUUCUGUUCAUUUCUAGGUUUUCUAAAUAAUCGCUCUGAUAGAUCAUCAGUAACGGCAUCGGUUGUAUUUGUAUGACUAAAUAUAAGGAGGGUCGUCAAAGUACUUCGUUGUUUCGUCUUCUGAACUUUGAACUUUUCGUCAAACCAAAUAAGGUCGUAAUAUCUUUUGGGUUAUCUGCAAUAACUGGUUGUGUCGCAUAUCUGGCCUACCUUAAUUUGACUCAUCAGCGUUCUCAGGAUCUUGCAGCAAGUAGCAACAUCAAGAUGCCACUCUACAACACAGUAUUGUAUAUUCCUCCCAUUGAACCCCCAAGAAUCACUGAUUUCGACUCCAGCGCUUCUCACAUUAACGACGAUAGAAUUAAAAUUGCUGAAGUAGAAGCUUGUUUUGGAGAAUUUGAGGCACAACUUUCUAAGUUUUGCCAUUGUAGUCAAUUGAAUGAUGUUCAUACUCAAUGUUGUGUUCCUGGAGCUGGAAAUUUUACACAUCCAGUGAAUGAAAGAUACCUACGUCGUACUGUAGAUGAACAAUUAAGAGAUCUUACACUUGAAGGUGAACGUAAUCGAACACGUGUUGAUCGUGAUCCUCAGAAUAGUAAUUUUGAUCGAAACUCAAUUUCCAUCUUACAUCGACGUGGAAGAUUUGACUCACACAGAGCUCAGGAUUCUGUUACACAAUCCUCAAGCGGAAUAGCUGAGGCAGAAAGCAGUGAUAAUUUUCUUGUGGAUGAAGAAGAAGCCGAGGCUACAGUUGCAACAGAAGAAGAACUUGAUGCCACGGAAUAAACUUUCUCGAUCUUUGUUAUUUAGAAUUAUUAAGUGUUAUUAUUUCCAUUUUGGGAAAUCCACCAACUGAUGCUCAUGUCAGAGAUGUAAAUAUAUAUGUAGUAACUUGUUAUUAUGUUAUUGCUUCAUCUUCCAAUCUGUAGGUCUUCAGACCAACUGAACCUC